ACGAUGCAGUGAGCCUGAGGAACGCAGAAAACAUGAAGUUGUUUUACAAAUCAAUCAAACGCUUUCUGAGGGCUUAUCCAUCCCUGAAGCUGAAGAUAAAUGUAAAUGCAGGGAGAAAUGAAGUAGACGUUGUAAUGCCAGGCCUGCGGUAUGAUGAUAUCGAUUUCACAGGUCAGCCUGACACUUGGAGAAUAUUUGACAUGGUCAACAGAAUUGAAAAUGCUGCCUUCUUCAAUGAGGAAUCCUUUCUAAAUUACGAUAAACUGUACAAAUCAAGACACAUCUCCUUUGUCAAAGCUUGCAAAUAUGAAGCAAAAAGCACCUUUUAUGAGACUACUACUCCAAAAACCCCACUGGAUGUUUCCAUAAAAUUGGUAGGAGUAGGAGAUUCUUCAUUUUCCACGGUCAGCGAAGUGGCCUGUGGCGGGGAUUUAAAACCCUCCAUCCGAAUAAAGAACCUUCACACUUUGGUGAAUAUAGGGGAGAGAAAGAAAGUUGCUUUGCCUCACUGGUGGAAAAAUGAGUUUGAAUCCAUGCUAGAGGAAAACAAACAGACUUCUCUGAUGAAUGUAGAGCCAGCGUUCAAGCCAUUGAGCACUUUCCGCCAUGAGUUUGCAGUGCCUAGUCAUGACACAGACUUUUCUGAUCACACAAGAUGUGCCUCAUAUCUCAGAUACUUUGUGGAAAAUUCUAGCAUUGCUUCUCAGCGAGGUUUCUAUAAGAAAAUCAAGACUAGUUUUCAUGAUUUUCACAUAAAGAAGGUUACCAUGCUAUACGUCUCCCCCAGUUGUUGGGGGGACAGUUUGGUCUCUGAGACAUGGGAGGGGGAUGCUCCACUGACCCUUCAUUGUCAGAUCAGCAAGAAAGACACUCCUCAUGUGGUGGUGUGGUAUGGAAAAAUGGAAAUGUAUUCAGAAGUUUAUGGAUUGUAAUUUUGAAAUUUCCUUGUGUUUGUAAUCAUGCACAGAGUGAGAAAAAAUUUAUUUGACUGAAGCAUGUAUGUGGGUAAAGUGAAUAUUAUGCAGUUCUGUAAAGCCUGUUUAAAUGGCAAAGUACAUAUGUAUAAUCUACUGUAUUCUGCAUGUGUUUAAAAAAAUAUUUACAACUUUGAUUAACAAAAUACUUGUAUAAAUUGAACAAAUUGCCCUGCUUUCAACAACCACCUUUGAACUUGAUUUGUAUGUACAGUACAUGUACAUAUUUAUUAAGGGUUUUAACUGGUAAUAAAUUAUUUGGUUUGAUCUCUGAUAA